AUGGAUGUCGAUGCCGAAGACUCGAAGGAGACAGACUUUACUCUGAAAACCAUGGAUCCCAAAGCGAUGACCGAGACAACACCGGAGCCUGAGGCGCAGAGACCCACGUGGAGUGGGCGGCUGGAGUUCAUCCUCGCAUCGGUGGGGUACGCAGUGGGACUGGGUAAUGUCUGGAGGUUUCCCUACCUGUGCUACAGCAGCGGUGGAGGUAAACAUGACUGCAGGAGGUUUAGACUGUUGCCUGAGGUGUUGACAGAAUCACAAUCUACAAAAUGAUGUGAUACAUGGAUGAAAUGCUCUGCUACUGGUUCAUGUGUUUGGAAAUCAAUUCCCUAUUUUGCAUUAAUUGAGGAUGUUGCUGUUGCGAAAGCACACUAUAGCUACUUUAAUCACUUUUAUUGAUAGGAUAUGUCUAUUUAUAAGUUACUUUUACUGAUAAACCUAUUUUAAAAGUCUUUUUAUGUGUUUUUAUGAUUCCUUUAUGAUUAAUUUUUUUACUCUGUACCAACAUCUAAGCAGUAGGGGGGGCUGGGGUAGGUUGAGCCAAAGGGAAGUUGAGCCACCCCCUGUUGGUUAGAAAUGGUCAAAGAAAUUGACCAUGUGUACAAAUAUUUAGGAGAUGGGCAUCAUUUCAUGGGUGAAGUGGUUAGACAUUUAUUUAAAAAAUAAUAAUAAUUUUUCACUCUUGAAAGUGAAUUUAGUCAGUCAUAAGUUUUAUAAGAAUUAUGUUCAGACCAAAAAAGAUCAUUUUAAAUUUGUUUUAUACAUCAAUUGUGGUAUCUAUGAGGCAUAAAAGUCCACCAUUUUAUCUUAGAGGACUAAUAAAGUCAUCAUGGUAGUUCUGUGGUAACUGAGAAAGUAAAGAAGUCUGAUGAGAGGAUCAGAGUUUCAGUUCAGAUUGUUGAAAUGUUUUUACUUUUUCUUUUCAAAAAUACAGCUGUGAAUGUUCUGAAUCACUUGAAGACAUUCUCAUGUUAAAAUGACUUUUCAGCAGUUAUGAGCAAUAAUAAUAAAAAGAAUUAUUGUACCAGUUUAAUAGUGUAUAAUAGAUAAAAAUACACAUGAAUGUGAGGAAGUGACUGUUAUUUAGGGAGAGAGAAGGUGAGGGAGGGCUGGGGUGGAGAGUGGGAGGAGUAGUAGGGAUACAGCUCAACUUACCCCAUACACGGGGUAAGUUGACCAUAGGAGACCACUUUUUUGUCAUGCUAUAUUAUCAAGACAGUUAUGUUUACACUCAUUCUGUUGGUUUGCAGGGAUGAAAAUCUUGAAAUAUAUGCAGAUACGCUAGUUAGAGAGAAAACUACGAUUGAACUCAUCUUACCACACUCUCCCCUAAGGCUUUGUGGGAGUGGUGCUGCUGGAUUCACAAUUUUUCAGACUGAAACUACACUGAAAUAUUGAAAUAAUGGCUGAGCUCUUGAUACAGUUUUAAAACACAAAUAAGCAUGAUAGAGGAAAUGCUGAUAAGUCGCCUCUUAUCAUGACAGCCGGGUUAAAAUUGUUGACCUGUAAGACGAGCUUUUCCUUCACACAGUAGCAUUUGGAGUGGUCAUGUGAAGGAGGACUGAUAUGAAGUAUAUGUCACAUGCCUGACGUCUCAUAGCACAAUAGUCUCAGUCAUAAACAGAGAGGUCUAAAGCAGGCAGUGAAAUUCAGACUGCAGAGUCAAGGGGGUAUUUAUUUUUCCUGCCAUUACUGGUCCUGACUCAUUGCAUUGAGUUUUUCCAUCUUAAUGCAACCUGUGCACUAUUUCACACUGCUGGUUGUACUCUAUUACAGCACAUGAUGGGCAAUGCGAGGCAUGGUUUAUCCCAGAACAUAGAGUCCGAGAUUCAGUCUCACUUUCAGGUCUGCUGGUAGUUUUACAGUUGGUCUAAUUGGCAUUUUCUUUCAACAAGGAACUAAAAGAAAGGAAGUAUGGACACGUUCAGUUGAAUAUUCUCAGAAUACAGCCACCUGUUUUCUAAUCCUUUUACUAAGAAAUGAUCCCUUUGCAUCUUUGUCGAGUGACUCAUCUUAAUCCAGCAUAACAGCGAUGAAGCUUUGUCAAGAAAAUUUUCAGCUUCUCAGCCUUCAAGUCCCUGAUAGAGAGAGGACACUGUGGCAUCAUAUUUCUCCCUUAUGCACCAUAAUGUAAUCUAGACACACUCAAGAGGUCAAAGAAGUGUCAGCCAUGCUUCCUUCUGUCCUAGGUGCCUUCAUGGUCCCUUAUCUCAUCAUGGUCGUGCUGUGUGGUUUUCCUCUCCUCUUUAUGGAGUUUUCCAUCGGGCAGUACACUCGCAUAGGCCCAGUCCACGCCUUCGCGAGGAUCUGUCCAUUGCUAAAAGGUGAGUGACCUCUAUCCGUUGGCUCCCCAUAUGUGGCAAAAACAUGCAUCCUAUUCUUUUGUGUCUCUGUAUAUUUUAUUCUGAGCCACAUCAGACUGGAAAUUGUCUUUUUUCCAUUUAAACAUAUUUCUGUUUUGAGGACUUUUCUGCUUUUCUAUUUUAUUCUGAAAAUCAGUCCUUUCCUGUCAGAUAGAUGGAUUGUUUUCACUUGUUGAUGGUUGAGAACUUUUUGAGAGGACAUCUCAAUCAUGGCCGAAAUUGUGAAAUUUGGACAUUUUAAUCAAUCUGUGCAAUCAUUUGAUCCUGAAGGAAAUCAUGACGUUACCAAAUCCUGAAAUAACAAGAUUCAACUUUUAUUGAUAAGAAUGAUCAUUAAGUCAAAAUGGGUGUGUGCCGAUGUGCUCUCACAGUCUAUAAAUCAUUUCGAUGCUCACAAAGGUUAUUUCUGAAAAGUUAAUACUGCUCGUACAACAUCAUACUCAUCAGGAGAUGUUUAUAUAAUGGUACUCAAACAUUCACAUAAACUCAUUUGUGUUGACUGAGAGGACACUGGCAGACACCCAAGAUCUUAUCUGUCCAAAUCAAACAAGAGCCCAGCCAUCAACGAUCAGCACCUGUGGGACUGAAAUGUAAAACCAGCCUGAUUUGUUCUAACCCAACAUUUUUCUCCAUAGUUUUCUUAUCUCCUUAAAGACAGAGAUUUUCUACCCGGUCAAAACGUCUUCACUUGAUUUAUCGAUCAUUUCUUCCUGGUUAAUGCUCUGUGCUUAACAAGGGCCGAAAGCAGGUAGUUGUUUUCUGAAUGCUCUUUUAAUGUGUUUCUCUGUACAACUCAGUGCAGUUUGCUGUGAUUUACCUGUGAUCCAUGAUUCAAAUAUCCUUCACAAAUCAACCAAUGUCCUCCAUCACAGAGUAUAAACAUUGUUUUUUUGCCGCAAGGACUCCGAAUAUUGUAUUUGUUCAGACAACAUCAUGGUUAUAAUUUCUUAGACCUUUGAUAGACUAAUCUAUCUGGUUAGAUAUGUAGCCUUAACUUGUACGAGUAUUAACAAUGAAUAGUAUGAUGAUGUGUAAGGCUAAAGAGGACAUGACAAGUGCAGAAGGACAGGGUAAAAAACUGAUUUUUGGACAUGCAUGUUUGCACCUGCACCUUUUCCACACGUGCAUAAAUCAGUGUCCACCUGAGCCGAGACUGUGGACACAAACUCAGCUCUGACUCCUGCAGACUCGAAUGUUAUGGCAGUUUGAAAUGACACGGUACUUCCCCUUAGUCAGUGGAUUCUGUAUCAGUAGGGCCAUAAACCAUGUAAGCUGGACCAUACACGGUGGUUUCAGCUGAACCUGGAGCUCAGAGGACCUUCUUUUGGGACCUUCGCUGUGAUGAUACAGACCUGUUUUUUAGUUAUUUGAUCAGGUAGUGGCACUGGGAUCGAUGGAGCAUGGCAUCCUAGUUUUUUCUCACUGAAGACGGCAUGUUUUCAGGAGGUGAGGUUUGAAUACUUUUGUUGAGCAAAGAAAAAAGUUAGUGAUAAUGUUUAGGAGCACUCCAUGAGCAUCACAGGGAACGCUGGUUUAGCACCUAGCUGCACCCUUUGCAGAAUGUCCUCUCUCACUCUCUGCUCCCCAUGUUUGCUGUCCCUCUUCAGCUCUUCUAUCAAUAAAUGCAAAAAGGUCCCAGAAAGGACAGAGCUUGACUUUUACCACUCUACAAAGGAUUCUGGGAAAAUAGUAGUAGAAAGUUGUGCUGCCCUAAGGGAUAUAAAAUUAAUUUAGGGUCAAACACACCGCAACACAGAGUUAGACACCCCCUCAAGAGAUGAAUGUUGCCGACAGCUUGCUUCUCUAGUUAUACCAACUUUAGUAACAACCACAUGAUAGCAAUACACAGCGGUCUGAGGAGCCAUCAACAAACCUCAACCAAAACACCACCCUAUAGCCACAAAUAAUGAUCAGAACAGCACCUAAUUCCAUCAACAGUACAUAUAGGGUCCCAGCCACAGCACUAGCCACCAAACAUGUUUAUGUUUAUGUUUAUUCAGCUUUCAGCAUGAUCACAGAUGUUUAAAAAAGACAGAUGCCAUUAAAAACACUGAAUUAUUUUGCUGAUUACAAAAAAUAAAACUUCAAAUAUAAAAUGCAGCUUAAGAAGCAACAACCUAAAAACUUAAAAAGCUAAACACCAUUCUCAUUUAAUAGUCUGCACAUAUAUGGGAUUGGUGAUUUCUUAUAUCUCUCAGUUCGGCAUGUUGGGGUGUCCAGGUCAUCUCCAUUCCGUGUUUGUCGUCCAGAGAUCUCUUUCCUGAGUGGGGGUAGCCAGUUUCUGAAAUUGGACUUGAACAGCUUUCUGGCAAAAUCAAGACAUAGUUGAGUGCGCCUCUCUGCUAGGGAGCACAAUUUGAGGGUGUGGAGAGCUUCUGUGUAUCCUAUAUACCGCUGGCCCAGAAUGAUUCUGCUCGCCCGUUUUUGAACUCUUUCCAGACUAUUUGACUGGCUGGCAGUAAGGGAACUGUGACAUCUUUUUAACUUUGUCUAAUUUCUUUAGCAAAGAGACUAAACACAACUUACCCACUCUCUUCCAGCAGCCGCUUGUUUGUAGCGAGACCUUGACCAGUCCAUCAUGGACUGAGGCGGGGUGACGCAGCUCAGUUUGUGUCUAUAGAGUGGCGUUUUGGUUGAGGUUUGUUUAUGGCUCCUCAGACUGCUGUGUAUUGCUAUCUUGCGGGCGUUACUAAAGUUGGUAUAACUAGAGAAGAAGGCAGUCGGCAACAUUCAUCUCUCAAGGGGGUGUCUAACUUGGUGUUAUGGUGUGUUUGACCCUAAAUUGAUAUUUACCAGAAUAUCCCUUAAACCAGAAAUUAAAGCAUAACCAGAUAGAACGAACUGUAUUGAUAAACCUCCACUCAUACACAGGUGCACAUGCAAACCUUUAAGUCUACUAAUGAAGCUCCUCCACCUGCACUAGAGACAAGGCUUUUUGCUGAGUCAUUGCUCUGAUUUCUCAGAGGAGGAGACUGAUGAAAACAACUGCAAACACACACACACACACACAGUAAACUCAGACACGCAAACCUCCCCCCUGGACUGUGAUAACACAGAGCCAGAGAUGUUAAAAGACUGAAUAAUUGACAUCUGUUGGAGAACUUUGAUCUCUCCUUUACUCAUUUAGUCUGGUGUAUCCACAGGCUAACAGAGAGGAAUUUCUAAUCUGUGGCUCCACACAUAAACCUGUAACUUGGCCGAGUAAUUGAUACUCCAAAAUGUGGAUCAUAAGGGAUUUAAUAUCAGUUGUAGAAAGUAAAGUGAGCACCUUCUCCCUCACACACGUCACCGUGUUACUCUGCAGGUGUUGGCCUGGCCACAGUUGUUAUCUCCUUUGUGUACUCCACCUACUAUAAUGUGCUCAUGAGCUGGGCACUGUACUAUUUGUUCAACACGUUCGGAGCGACCCUCCCCUGGACGUCCUGCAACAACACCUGGAAUGUUGUGGCCAACUGUUCCAGUGGUUUCCCUGGCAACUCCACACAUCUGCAGUCGGCCAGCCAGCAGUUCUUUGAGUGAGCAUGCAGUCGAUUACACCAAACCGUCAUAUUUAUACAAAUAAAGCACUUCUCAGAUACUCAUCAGAUUUUGAUUUUUUGGUGUUUAAGAGAAAUUAUGACUUUAAACUAACUUUCCAGAGUUAAAUUUGGGAAUUAUGGGCUGUUUACUCUUCCUUUCCUAUCAUUUCCAGUCAUAGGCUUCUGCAGAAAACCAAUGGCAUUGAGGAAAUUGGGGGUCUUCGCUGGGAACUCUUCGGCUAUCUUGUUCUGUCCUGGGUCAUCGUGUAUUUGUGCAUUUUUAAAGGAGUCAAAUCAACCGGCAAGGUCAGAAACAUACCAUAACCUGGUUUUAUGUGUGGUCAGUCAUGAUGUUUUCGAGUCAGUAAUUUCAGGGAAGAUGGGAGUUUAAGUCUGAAGGCUUUCCUCUAAACAGUUAAAGCUGUUACUCUCAAAUGUCCUCAUUCAGAUGGAUGGUUUUGUGUCGUAGGGUUGGUGUAAUGAGUAAUGAUUGUAAUGAUUGUUUUAAACCUUGCCCUUCAUGAACAGAUGCUAGCAGACGUCCUGUGUUUGAUGACGGUCAUCCUCCACUCUUUCCUCCUCUAUUUACUGUCUUCUCCAGUCAGUAAAGGUGUAAAAGAAAUUAAGUUUUAUGUUGUUGCAGCCUUUCCUGAAUGAUUAACUAACACUCUGAUCCAUCUUUGCUUUUCUCUGUGGCACGCAGGUUGUGUAUUUCACUGCUCUAUUUCCAUAUUUCAUCUUGUUUGCCCUUCUCAUUAAUAAUGUUCGGCUUCCUGGAGCAAAGACCGGUAUUCUCUACUUUGUGACACCGGUCUGGAGCAGACUGUUUGAAGUGAAGGUGAGACUCAGUGACUGAAUAAAUGAGUAACAUUAGGUAGUAUUUGAACCAACCAAAUGGACUAUAAUUGUACAUUGGCAGCUCAGUUUAAAACAAACUUUUUAAAUAUUUGGUGCUUGCCAUAUCAUUGUUGUUUCAUUAGAGUCCUGUUUUUAAAGUUUAAUUAUUAAACCCUUAUUUUACCCAGAAUAGUCCCACUGAGAUCACAGAUGACAACAUAACUUAACACAGUGAUCAAUAAAUGAUUAGCUUUGGCUUUAAAUACACAAAAAUCACAUGAACUUUAACUUAAAUGUUAAAUUUUACAUUUUGUGUUGUGAUAUUGUUUAUAUUUCUGUUUUUGGAUCUUUAUAAUAGAUAAUAAUAUAAUUUAAUAAUAGUUUCUUAUUAAUCCUCAAACUCUCCUCCGUCUCUACUGAAGGUUUGGGUCAAUGCAGCCGCUCAGGUCUUUAACUCCAUUGGAAUAGCGUUCGGCUCCAUGGUCUCCAUGGCUAGUUACAACAAGUUCAACAACAACAUUUUCAGGUAAUGAAUAAUUGAACACGGAGUCUGUGAGAACAGUCAAACCUUAACAUGUUGACACUGGUCAUUGUUGUUAUUGGCUCCUUCUGAACAUACUCAAUAAUUAAGGACUGAUUCAGAUGACACAGAAUACAAAACAGAUCCCACUCUUAGUCGGCUAAAUCAGUAGUUUAUUCCUACAUGUGUUACAAUGCCAUAUGGUGAUAUUAGGAUGUACCUCAAAGAUUAUCCUCUUUAACCUCUACAGUGUCUGGUGAGUUGUAAACAGGCUCUUUGAUUUGCUGUGUAGUAAAAGCAGCUUCUGUAUUUCUCUUUGGCAAACAGCUGCAGAUGAACAAAGAGGACACGCUGUUUACAAAACCUCCAUUUUUGGUUCCCUCUCUUUGUAAAUGUGCCGUGUUGACAGUUGGCGUACGUGAGCCACCUGCUCUCCUUCACAUCUUGCAGUUAAACAUACACCUUUUGUCCAGAAUCACAAUCAUCCACACAGCACAGCUAGGAAAUCAGAAAUUACUGCUUCAGAGACACAAUAAUAUGUACAAUAAAAUUUCUAACCACUGUGGCUUUUAUAAUCCAGCUCCUUUGUUUCUCUGAUGUCCUAUAACACUGAAACAGAGCUGCGAUUUCUCACAUUUCAGGGAUGCUUUAAUUGUUGUAUGCACCAACUCAUUUACGAGUAUCCUGGCUGGCUUUGUGAUCUUCUCAGCUAUUGGCUACAUGGCUCAUAUUCAUAACCUCCCAGUGGACAACAUCGCUACAGACGGUAAGCAUAAAACUUGAAAAGAGCAUUUAUUUGCGAGUAAGAUGAGGCACAAUCAAAAAUUUUACUCAUUUAACAAAUGUCUGUGAACAUUUUUGAACUUUAACAUCUUAAAAUAUGAGUAAACACUCUUGUAUUGUUGUGUUUCAGGUCCUGGUUUGGUGUUUGUUGUGUACCCUGAAGUACUCUCCACUAUGCCUGUCUUUCAGCUGUGGGCCCCUCUGUUCUUUUUCAUGCUGCUGUGUCUGGGCCUGGACAGCCAGGUAAACUCCUCAAGGGGCCCCACUGUAAUCAAUGAAGUUGUACAGAUUUAUAUGUGGGUGAUUAUUGUUUUACAUACACGGUGACUGUGAUCUGAGUAUCACAGUAUUCCUGAUAACAGAGCCGCCCAGAAUCAACAAAUCCACAAUAUCAGUGCAGCUGCAGAUUUUUCUCUCUGACUGUGACAGGUCACACAUGGAGCAACAGAGCAAAAAAAAAAGUUUCACUGACUUAAUGUAGUGCUAGUUCAGGCAGGCAAACUCCUCAUCUUAAUGCUUAAUGCCAUAUGCUUUGUCACUGAUACAGGCUCUCAAAACAGAGCUAUACCACCAAAUAUGACAACCGCGUGCAAAAAAAAUGAUUCUCUUUGACAACAGCGGUCCUGACUGAACCUAAAAAUUACUGGAGGUAACAGGACAAGCUGAUAGUUGUCCUGUUAAAGUGUAUUAAUUGUGCAUAUUUUAACCAUCACCAUGGACUAAAUCUCUCCCAAACAAAAUAUCAACUGCUUUAAUAAGAUAUUUUCUCUCAAUAUGCUUUUGCCUCCCCUCCUCUUAUCUGUUAUUACAGCAAGUAUAAGUAUGAGAGAUGUGAUCAAAUUUAAAGAAGUACGCUAAAAUUUACGAGGGUCUGUAUUUUGUGUAAAUGGGAACAUAUCCACUCACAGUGACAGUGUUGAUGUUUUCUGGUAUCAUAUUAAUAGUGUUUACAGCAGGUUGUUAGUUUUCAAUUAAAUUCAAUCAAAUUUUAUUUAUAUAGCGCCAAUUCACAACAGUCGUUAUCCCAAGACGCUGGUAUUUUGUAGGUAUUUGGUCAUAAACAAUGUUUUAAAGUUGUUUGUUUAGAUUUCUAUUAUGCUUGAUAUUGUUUAUGAGUAUUCAACUUUAACUAUUCUUGCACCCCUGUUGUGUUACCAUAGUUACUCAGGUCUUUUUUCACAGAUUAAUAAUUGCACCACACAUAAAGAUAAAAUAAGAAUAAUGACAAGAAUCACAUUUACGGAAGAGAUCGCCAACUAUUGUUGAGUACAGCAUGUGUGUUUUUCUCAGUUUGGUACAGUUGAGGUUGCCAUAACCUUUGUGAAAGACGAGUUUGGCCCCAGCAUUCUGCGCGUCCUGAAGAGAGAGGAGCUGGUGACCCUGGCUGUGUGCGUUGUUGGCUUUAUCCUUGGGAUUCCUCAUAUCACAAAGGUGCAGCACGGUAAAGAUUUGGACCUCAAAAAGAGGAUGUUGUGUAGCUUAAAUGUUGUAACAGUUUUUCCUGCCUCUUUCCUGCACAGGGUGGUAUCUAUGUGUUUCAGCUGAUGGACCAUUACACUGCUGUGGUGUCCCUGGUUUUCCUGGCUUUCUUUGAAGUAAUAGCUGUCUGCUGGAUCUUCGGUGAGCUCAACACAGAGUUCAAAUGUCUUAAAUCUGAACAUGAAGACAAUAUUAAGUAGGGGUGGGAGAAGAAAAUCGAUUCACAAAAGUAUCACAAUUUUUUUGUUUUACAAUUUUCUAAUUGAUUUUUUUGUUCAAAAAUUUAUUUUUCUUUCAAAUGUAAGAAUAAAUCUUAAAAACUGACGGACAUUUGAUGUUUAACUUUUGGGGAAAUAUGGUUUCUGGAAUAGUCAGUAGACAAUCAUAAUCAUUCAAAUGCAGACUAAGAAUCGAUAAUAUCGUAGAAUCGCAAUUUAAAUCGAAUCGGCAUCCAAAAAAAUCGUAGAAGAAUCGAAUUGGAAGAAAAGCAUAUGGUCUCAGCCCUAAUAUUAAGGGUAAAUGGUAGUUAUGAGAAUUAAUAAAACACAUUCUUCUCUAUCAGGUGUCCCAAAAAUCUCUCUAAUGGUGAAGAGGAUGCUGGGAAAAACUCCAAACAUCUUCUUCCGUGUUUGCUGGUUGCUGCUGUGUCCGCUCUUGGUUAUGGUGAGGUUUUAAUUGUCAGAUCUGCACGUUUUUGUUUUUUUUAAACAAUAACCGCUACAUGAAGACUUUAAUUUUCUGCACACAGUGUAUACUGAUUUCCAGCGUCGCUCAGUACACUCCUGCUCGCUAUGGGACGUACAAAUACCCAGUGUGGGCUGAGUGUGUGGGCUGGGGCGUCUCACUGAUCUCUAUAAUCUGGAUCCCACUUGGAGCUGCUCAGGAGAUGAAAAACAACAAAGGCUCCGUUCUUCAGGUGAGUAGAGGACUGUGAUUAUUUUAACAGUGUGAACUUUAAUGCUAUAAUUAUCUGUUAUGUUAAACAUGAAGUUUAUCAUAUUAGGUUGAAGGGAUAGUUCGCAAUUUAAUGUCUAUAAUAAGGUGAUGAUUGUUUGCGAGCUAAUUUUACUAAAGUAGAAUUUGAUUUAAUUUUGUGCUCUAUUUGGAAAUUUUCCAGUGCUUAACUUUGGUGUCGGAAAGCCUAUUUAUUUUUUUCCUUCACUAUUUGAAUGUCAGUAUCAGAGUCUCUUAAAUUAGCUCAAUUUUGUGGUAGUUUUGAUCCCGUUUGCUGAGGUUGUGGUCCAGCUUCAGUUUCAGUGCUCCUGCAGGUUUCUCAAUCGAAGGACUGAGCUGAGUUUUCCUUAUUCCCAACACAUGACUGCCUCGAAUCACCAGACAUUCUCCCAAAAGUUUAUCCAUUAAUGAAACUUUUGUUUUGUCUAACCCUCAGAGACUGAAAACGGCCAUGACUUCCACCUUAGACCUCGAUGCUGAAGAUUAUCCCGCAGAAAAACCGAGCCCAGACCACGCAGUGUCAGAAACUUUACUUCAUUAA